AUGUUCAGAAACGCUCUCAAGCAGUCCAGCAGGACGGUGGGCGCAAUUUCUGCUUCCGGCAGAAUUGCCACGCGCACUGCCAUUCCAGCAACCUUCAACGCAGCUUCAAAAUCAGUUCGAAGCUAUGCAUCUGAUGCUAAAGCCUCCCCCACCGAAGUCUCCUCCAUUCUUGAGCAAAGAAUUAGAGGUGUUCAAGAGGAAUCCGGUCUCGCCGAGACUGGACGUGUUUUGUCUGAAGGGUAUGUUAUUCAACAAUAA